AUGAUGGUUGGAGGAGCGUUUGCUGUGGGCGAGCAGCCACUUUGCGGUCUCAUUUCCCCGGCUGCGAUGGCUCGACGAACUCUUGCUGAAACGCUCACAAAUCUUGUCUUUGCCCCAAUUACAUGCAUAAAGGAUAUCAAAUUAUCUGGUAACUGGAUGUGGGCAGCGAAGUGUGAGGGUGAAGGGGCGCGGCUGGUUGAAGCAUGCGAUGCGCUUUGUGUGAGUCUUCGAGAGUGCGGAAUAGCAAUUGAUGGUGGAAAGGAUUCAUUGAGUAUGGCGGUGAGAGUAAAAGGAGAGCUUGUAAAAUCUCCGGGAACUCUUGUGCUUUCAGCUUAUGCUCCUUGUGAAGACAUCACCAAAGUCAUCAGUCCGGAUUUUAAAGCCGACAAAAAGAACUCGAUUAUCUACAUUCGAAUAAAUCCGAUCGAAGAAAAUCGUUUGGGCGGCUCAGCUUUGGCACAAUGUUUGAAACAAAUUGGUGAUCGUGCAUCAGAUGUUGAAUCAUUCGAAAAACUAAUUCUUUUAUUUGAGACAGUUCAAAAAAUGAUUGUUUCUCGAAAAGUAUUAGCUGGACAUGACAUUUCUGAUGGUGGCUUCAUCACGGCUCUCCUCGAAAUGGCAUUUGCUGGAAAUGUUGGAGUUGAUUUAAAUUUUCAAUUGCCGAAAAAGAUAAAUCUUCUUGAGUUUCUCUUUGCUGAAGAAGUUGGACUAUUGCUCGAGAUACAAGAAGAAGCUGUUGAUUAUAUUUGUAAAGAGUUUUCUUCUCAUGGCUUGAUAUCGAUUCCGAUUGGACGAGUUGUUCCUGAGUAUGGACCUAAAGCAAAUGUGAAAGUGACGAUCAACGACGAGUUGUUAAUUGAUGACUCAUUGUGUUCUUUAAGAGAAAUCUGGGAGGAGACAAGCGAUCGGUUGAAUCGCUUGCAAACAAACAAUCAAUGUAUCGAGGAAGAGAUUGAAGGCAGAAAAAUGGUUGAACGAUGGGAUUGCCGAGCGGAUUUUGAUUUUUCAGCUAUAUCAAUUCCAAACGAUGAACAACAUUUCACAAGUGCUCCAAGAGUUGGAGUGCUAAGAGAAGAGGGAAGUAACGGUGAUCGAGAGAUGGCUGCCGCUUUUUAUCUAGCUGGCUUUUCUCCUUAUGACAUCACGAUGACAGAUCUCUUGAAUGGUUUCAAUUUGGACACUUUUCGAGGUUUAGCUUUUGUUGGCGGGUUCUCGUAUGCGGAUGUGCUUGGAUCAGCGAAAGGCUGGGCUGCCAGCAUCGCUCAUCAUCCGGCUCUCUUAUCUCAAUUUGAGCACUUCCGCUCCAGAGAAGACACAUUUUCAUUUGGUGUUUGCAAUGGGUGUCAAUUGAUGGCUCUUUUAGGAUGGAUUGGGGAAUAUGAAAAUAAACCCUCCGUAUUUUUGGAUGUGAAUCGUUGUGGCCGAUUUCACAGCAAUUGGGUGCAUGUGAAAAUUCGUGAAUCUCGCGCAAUAAUGCUCAAUGGAAUGCACGAAGCCACAUUGGGCAUUUGGUCAGUGCAUGGUGAAGGCCGUUUCACUUAUCGAAAAGCUGACGUGCUAGAAAAGCUUGAGGAAAGAGGACAAAUCGCUGUACAAUAUGUGAAUCCAAGAGGAGAGCCGACGGAACGUUUCCCUUGGAAUCCGAAUGGAUCCGAGAAAGGAGUGGCAGCGAUUUGCUCGGAAAAUGGAAGACAUUUGGCGAUGAUGCCGCACUCGGAUCGAUCAUUUAUGGCUUGGCAAUGGCCGGAUCAUGAUACAACAACGGGGGGUUCUGAGACCCCAUUUCCUCCAUGCGAUGAUGAUUGCGCAGCGGGAAGAUUUGCACUUCUCUACGAGGUUUUUAUCCCGGGUCUUUGUGUUUUCGCGUUGCUCAUUUGUUGUAGUCGAAUCGUUUUUGCUUAUUUACGACAUCGAUUAGAUCGGCAAUUCUUGGAGAGACACGGAAUGACUCGAAGAGAAUUUAUCGCCUCAAUCGAUACAAUCGAGAGGCAACAAGAGCAACCAACAAUAACAGAGCGAGAAUGGCGCUUACGUCAAAUGUUAACCCUUUCAUCUCCACCAUCACCACCAACAUAUGAUGAGGUCUCAAAACAACAACCACCACCAUCAUAUGAACAAGCUAGAGCUCAAGAUGGUGGACGAAACGAAAGACGGGAAAGACGACGACGAAGAAGGGAUCACCCGCCAGCAGCGCCGCCACCGUAUGAGCCGGUGAACAGUGUUUCGGCUCGAAUCCAGCGUCAACCGCCACGAUCACGUUCCGUUCUACCAUCAUCCCAAUCUCAAUCAAAUUCACUGCGAAAUCGCAGCCGCAGCGUCCCUGUCACCGAUGAUCUCAGAAAUCAACCCAUCAAUGCACCAAAUGAAUCCCGAUUUGAAAUUCGUGUC